AGUAGCUACACAGCUGUUUCGUACGCGUGUGCGUCGAUCGCGGAGCUCGAGAAGUUCGCCCAAUGUUUCGGAGGGCCGUCUGUUUGUUCGAUUCCGCAUUUACAAUAUUUAUGUUUUUGUUGACGAUUGUGUACAUUAUAAUUUCGUUUUAUCAGUUUGCCUAUGAAAUGAAUAAACACGGAAUUAAGUAAGACGUGCAUUUAGGCUAUUAAAUGUGUGGUUGAUUUCCGGAUGAUGCGUGCGUUUGGGAAAGUAUCGCACGUUUAUAUUGAUAUGGUGGAACAGGUGACUGGAAAAUUAUGAAAGCUUUACCGGAAAAAACGGAAGGCACUGACGACGUGGACAGCGGCACUGUGAACGCGAACGUGAUCGACGAACGCGGCACUGCGGUCCUGGAACGUGACAAUGUAAUUGAAAUACUAUCUUCGGAAUCCGAAGCCGAAGAGGAGGUACAGUUCCAUAGCGAGGAGGAAGAGCAAGAGGAAGAGGAACAAGAAGAAGAAGAAGAGGAGGAAGAGGAGGAGGAGGAAGAGGUGGAGGAGGAGAAGGAGGUGGUUUACAGCAAAUCACGUAGGUCUAAAAAGAAACAUAAGAAACAUCACCACCGCCACCACCAUCACCACCACCGCCAUCACCACGAGCACGGCGGCACUCGUAUCCGGAAAAAACACAAGAAACGGUCGAAAGAAGGGAGUGGUCCAAUAUUUCUGUGGGCUAAAAAAGAAGAGUCGCAAAUACUGAAAAUAUACUGCGAGGAUUACGAUCCGGGUAUUAAACUGGUCAAGACCAACGGUGUGUGGAGUUCUACUCCUAGGUCUAGGGUUUUGGCGGCUGCUCAAUCGCGUUCGUCCGUUAGUGGACAUAUAGACGUCAGAGAAGUUAGAGAGACACAGAACGAUCGUGACGAGUCGGUCGAGCAGAAUCCACGACCGGACAACCGAAUCAAAGAAAGUCCAAGAACCAGCAGCGAGCCGAUACUUGUCGACUUAAACGAUAACUCUAUCGACUUUGUGGACACUAUAAGUAGCGAUGAGGAGGAUGACGAAGAGCAAACGAGGGCCAGGAUCGAUCGAGCACUGGAGAUGAUCGAACAGGACCCGGCGUUGAUGAGUGACGUGAAAAUUUCGCUACCUACCAUUGAGACGACUUCGUCCAUUAAGUUACCCGAGGGUACGACAAUCCACCAAAUCAAAGCCGAAAACGUCACGGUCUGCGGGACCGUUUCCGCGACGAUACCGUCACCGCCGCCGCCACCGCCACCGGCGUUGCCGUUAUUGUCCGAGACGCCAACGAUGUGCAAGGUUGGCGAGUUAACAAUAACGACGCAACAGCAACAGCAAAACGAACCGUUAAACCUGGAAACCGUGAGUAAGCGAUCUGCUUUAGAAAUUCGAUUACAGGAGCCGCCGCUUAAGAAAAAACGCGUAGAUAAAUCACCCCCUGCACAACCACCAUUGGCCAGGGGGCAGGUAAAACGCGAGUGGGAUCCUUUGUCUGAGCUGAAGGAAGUGCUUUCGGACCCUUGCUUGUCCGUGCCCGACCCGUUGCUUGUGCCCAGAGCCAGGCUAGCUGCCCUAGUGGCCAGCCCGGCCACAGAAAUACCAAAACUCUUGCGAGAGCCAUCGUUAUUGCCGCCACCGCCCCCAGAUCCUGACCUGUUGGCCGUCUCGUUGUCACAUCUCCGGUCUAUAUUGCAACAGCAACCAGGCUACGCGGACGACCGCAAGUCGGACGGCAAUCAAUCGUCAAAUAUCGAUCAGAUGCUGUGGUUGUCAUACCUGUCAAAAGACAUGACCGGCGUCGACGCCGACCUUAUAUCGACUAUGUUGAGCAUCCUAUUGCCCAACUCGACAACUGCUCAACAGUCGUUUAGCUACCCUCAAGACAAAAACCAAUGGAACGACAUGUAUUACGACGGCAAUAUCGAACCACCAUACGCUUCCACGCCCGGCUACAGUAAAUCGGACGAUUGUUGUACGUCGGUGUCGCCACUUCCGCCGCCGCCGCCGCCGCCACAAAUAUUACCACCAACACAACAGCCACAUCCUCUGUUAUUACCACCACCACCACCACCACCGCCACCACCGCCGUCACAAAUGUUACCGCCAACAAAUGCACAGCCUCUAAAACACCAACAAUCACAAUUUUUGCCGCCGUCGCAGCCACAUGUACAGCAGCAGCAAGUACCACGACUUUUGCCUAAGCGUUCGCUGCAUCAUAACAUGACAUCACAACUGCAGCGGUUGCCAUCACAUCCGCAACAAAUGCCACCACAACUUUUGCCGUCUCGUCCGCAGCAACUUAUGCCACCACUGUUACAAUCUUCGGUUCUACACCGUCAGCCAAAACGACGGGUUUGUCAAGAGCUGUGCUGCAACGGAUCGCCGUCAUCGUGUUACGGGGGCAGCUGUUGCCCAAAACCGAGCGGUUAUAAUCCGUUCACCCCAAUGUCUCCGAACGGCUGCAAUCCAUUUGCUGUGUCUCCCAGCGACUGUAACCCGUUCACUGCUACUCCUGCUGCCAGUUGUGGUGGCGGAAAUCCGAAGACUUGUGUCACAUAUGCGUCGUCGAGUGCGAUGCCAACUUGUUGCUUCCCGUCGGAAAUCGGUUGCGGGUAUAACGGCAGAUCUCCGUCGUCGCCAAUGCCACCGCGAAAUCCGUCCGUAUCACCACGCAACCGCGCUCAAUACAACUACCACGGUCCGGGGCAACAGCAGCAGAUAUCGAUGACGGAAGUCGGUAACGUCAUAAACGGCUGUUGCAUUGGUGUCACCGGCUGCAGCAGUGGUGUCACGAGUUGCAACAGUGCUGUUACCGACUACAGUAAUGUCGUUGCUGGUUGUAACAGUGGAGUCAGCGACAGUAGCAGUGAUAUUAACGGUAGUAGUAGUGGCGUUAACGGUAGUAGUAGUGGCGUCAACGGUAGUAACAGUGGUGUCAACGUCAGUAGCGGUAGCGUCAAUGCCAGUGCCAGUGGCGUUACCGGUUGUAGCAGUGGCGUCAACGGCAAUAGCAGUGGCAGCACCGUCAGUGAUAUCGACGCGGACUCUCAAUGUUCGACUGUGACUAAUAAACCAAAAACGCCACUGCCCACAACGCCUGUUAGUGGUGAUGCCGGUAAGCCGGCAUUCAGGCCUAAAAUCAAAGUCAAAGAACAUUUGAUCGACCCGAACGCGAAACCAAGACUUUUGAACAUCGAAGGUGCCCUUCAUCUAGCUGCAGGACAUGAUCUGUUCAGUUCGUCUCUUUGGCACCCGUUGUUCGGCAGCCAAGCAAAGCCGUAUGGCUGUCGGUGGCAAUGGACAACGCCUGUUACCACGUCCGCGUCGACUUCUUCGGACGACACGCCUGCUGACACCAAACAUUGAAUCGACAAGACCACUGAUCGACGCGACGGGGACAACAAGAUAAUAUAUAUAAAAUCAGCGCACCCACAGUAUUUGUUUGUUUAUUUAUUUAUUUAUUUAUUUAUUUAUUUAUUAUUAGUGUAGUAUAAUUAUUAUCGUUUACGUGUUUUACGAUCUUCCUCCAAUACCCAUUUAGAGGACACAUAUUAUUAAGUAUGUCAAACAUAUGUUAAACCCCAUUCUCAACACGCAAUCCAGUUGGAUUUAACGUCAGAUAUUUUUUUGUUAAAUAUAAUGCUGGCAAGUUUAAUAUACUUUACUAUAUACCGGGGAUCGCCGAUUAUUAUUUUUAAAGGGCCAUAUUGUAGAAAUUUAUGCCAGGUAAAUUUUUUCUUUACAUCAAAAUGUAAUAUAGGCACACGUGUUUAUUCAACGGAAGUAACGGCAAAAUACAAAAAAUGAAAUACAAAUUAAUAAAUCACUUUUUAUUUACCAUCGAAUAAAAAAAUGUUAUAUUAUUUUAAAAAUAAAUUUUGUUUCUGCAUGCCAGUAAAGUUAGUGCACGGGCUACUAUUUGGUGACCCCUGGUAUAUAUUAUAGUAUUGUAUUGUAAUAUAUAUAUAAUUAUAUAUAAUUAACGUUUAAGUUAACGUUACAUAUUAUAUCAUUAUAUACAAUGUACUCGGUAGAGUAUAAUAUCUAUAUGUAUGUAAGUAGUCAAGUCGCGGUUUGAGUCGACCAGCGGGACGUCGUCGCCGCCGUAGAAAUCGAUUGACCUCGACCUUUGCACUACUUUGCGUCGGGGUGUACGAUCGGUAUAUUAUCCUACGAGUCAGGGGACCGGCUUCAUCCUAUAGACUUUCCGUUGUCGGUCGUCGCAAUCCUGUGACUGUAAAAUGUCUGUUUAAAUAAAAUAUGUACAUAAUAUUAUCAUUGUAACGUCAUAUUUGUGGUGCUGAAUGAAAAUACGUUUUUGUCAUAAAAUGUACUGUUAGUUUCUAUUCUUUUAUUGAUUUAUUAUCGUUCUUUGUAUUAAUUUAUUAUCGUUUGAUUGUUUAUUUAUUAUUCGGAAAACUGUUUACCACACUCAAACACGCGACUGAAUCCGCGUGUGUAGUGUGUGUUGAAUUUUGUUUCGUAAACUUGUUAUUUAAAAAAAACAAAAACCUUCUUUGUUUCUCGUUUAUUUUUGUAUUACAUAUCAGCUUUAGUUUGGUUAUUUUUCUGCGUACUCGGUACGUUUGAAUUUAUUACAAUUUUAUUGUUUUUUUCUUUUUUACGUUAUACGUCAAUUAUUUUAGCCAUCGAAUUUUUGGAUAUAAAUAUUUAUUUAUAUAGUUUGAAUGUUGAAUGUCUUGUCUGAAAUAUAUUUUAUUGUACGUAAAUUAUUAUAAAUUGAUCCAUAUAA